UUCUCCUUUAGAAUAGCUUCAAUUCUUGAAAACACAUUGGGAAUCCGAAGAGGAGAUGCAGUUAUUGUGAUGUUACCAAAAAUACCUGAGUUUUACUUCCUUAACAUUUCCGCUCUCAGAGUAGGUUGUGUAUUAAGUCCUGCAUCCACUAUGCUUACUACCAAAGAUCUGGUAUAUCGAUUCAAAGCUCUAAAUCCUGUCUGCGUGAUUGCCCAUGAUUCAGUUGCAGACACAGUCGAAGAAGCAGCUGAAUGUCUUCCAACUUUGAAACAAAAAGUAAUCGUUUCUAAAUCACCUAAUAAGAAGUUUGGCUGGUUUGAUCUGAACCAUAUACAAUUAAAUUCGGAUGAUCAUAAGUGUGCCGUGACAAGAAGCGAUGAAAGUAUGGCUGUAUUUUUCACAAGCGGAACUACUGGAUAUCCGAAAAUGGUAGAACACACUCAUGCUAGCUUUCCAUUAAGCCUUGGCGAUUUAGGAAAGUAUACUUUAGAUCUCAAUUCUGAUAAUAUGUCUUGGAGCAUAGCAGAUACCGGUUGGGGUCUGACGGCGUACUCAAUUUUUUCAACAUGGUCCCGAGGUGCCUGUCUUUUUAUUCAUGAAAUGCCAAGAUUUUCUCCUCAAACAAUUCUUCAAAUGCUUUCAAAAUAUCCUAUUGACUCAUUUGUCGCACCACCUCUAGUGUACAAAUCAUUACUUGCAGAAAAUAUAGCAUCACACAAGCUAUCAAAACUGGAGCAUUGCUGUUGUGGUGGUGAAGCUUUGAAUCCCGAAAUUAUACGAAAAUGGCGAGCCAGUACUGGCUUGAAAAUUCAUAACGUAUAUGGUCAGACUGAAAGUACUGCUCUAAUAACAUGUAGGAAGACUUUCGAAUACCGUGAGGGCUCACUAGGUAAACCUGUUCCUGGAAUGAAAGUUACAAUAGUUGAUGAAAAUGAAGAAGAGCUGGGUGUCGGCGUUAUUGGUGAAAUAGUAGCAGAAAGAAAAAACGCCGUCGGACUAUUUAAAGGUUAUAAAGAUAAUCCAAAGGCAACCAAAGCUGUUUUGACAGAGAAAUACUUUCAUUCUGGUGAUUUGGGUUACUACGAUAAAGAUGGUUACUUUUGGUAUGCUGGUAGAAAUGAUGAUCUAAUCAAUUCAGCUGGAUAUCGCAUUGGCCCAGUUGAGGUAGAAAAUGCCUUAAUGGAGCAUUCAGCUGUGAGAGAGGUAGCAGUGAUAAGUUCACCAGAUUCAAAAAGAGGGGAGGUAGUCAAAGCAUUUAUAAUUCUAAACGAAUCUGUUAAACCAAGUGAAGCAUUGAUUAACGAACUUCAAGAUCAUUGCAAGCGCAUGACUGCACCUUACAAAUAUCCAAGGAAGAUUGAAUUCGUCAGUGACAUGCCCAAAACGAUAUCAGGUAAAAUCUUGAGAAAAGAACUGAAACAAAGAGAAUGGAAAAAUUCCUGAGAAGAAAGAGAGAAAAUAUUAUGGAGUAAUUUUGUGCUGAUUUAAAACAACUUAAUUUUUUCUUGGCGCUUAGCGUUUGCGAAAUAAAGUGUACUGCCCAGCAUGCUUAAAAUGUA